AUGGCUACCAAAUUUAACCAAAGUGACUUUUUCGCUUUUUUUACUUUUCAAUUCAAAAACAAUUCAAAGCUUUUCGCUUUUCAACUUUUCACUUUCUAUUUUUUUGGUCUUACAUCCUUACGAAUGCCAAAUUUUACUUUUCAUUUUCCGGACUUACAUUCUUCUGAAUGCCGGACACUUUAUCAGCCAAAAUCUGAGCACUUCCAGGACCACUAGGCAUUUCAGCCUUAAACUAUAUAGACAACUGGCCCUCACACUAUGUCCUUUACAGGUCACUAAUAACUACUGGUCCACUGCGCACUAACAAUUCACCCAAUUCACUUUCGACUCAUGCU